AUGGCACUGCCGUACCUCAGCAACUUCACAAAGCCCCACACUUCGUCCAAGGGCGAGACAUGCAAAGCGGGAUGUCCAGCGAAAGCCGAGCCUUCCUCACCCGGACCCGAGAACACGGAUGGGUCAAUGUACGAUGCAGAGCUUGCCCGAGCUGUCAUGGCCAUCAACAGCAAGCCAGCUUCGUUGCCCCAGCUUGUCUACAUCGGCACGUUUUGGGCAUCUUCAAGCAAGCAGACCAUCACGGACAAUGUGCUUCUGGAGCUCGACGAGCUGAUGAAACGCCCGGAGCCCUACACCCGGAUCCAUUCGAACACGUUGUUGUCCGAAGACCAGGACAAAGUUGUGGAGGCCGCCAUAACGAAAGCAGCGGAGACGCUUGGCUACAAGCAGUCAUGGUAUGUUCACAGAAAUGUUAGCAGUAUCGGAGACUGGCUUGCAAAAUGGUGCAAGCACCCGGCCUUCCACAACAACAAGAGGUGCCUGAUGCCGUCUCGGCCUGUUUCCAAAUUAAGGCCCCUUGAGCGGACACUUUUGGAUGUCUGCAUCGAGGAGGCCAUUGCAUUUAAAGGAGCGCGCCGAGUGGCGCAAGGGAAAGGCUGUGGUGAGCCCACCCGUCUCUCUUUGCAUGCCAGACAGAAGGCGCUAUUCAGAACCUUAGAUGGGUUUGCCAAGCAAGACUUCGUCGACGACAGCGCCACCACCUUCGUGAAGACACAGGUCUCCAGCAAUGCUUUCACGCAAGACCAGUCCUCGAAGAAAGGCAAAGGGGCAAAGGAAAAGGCAAGGGCAAGGGUGACGAUGGGCCUCCUCGCCGAGGGAAAGGCUGCGAUCAAGGUUCUGACAGCCCCGGCAGAGGAGUCAUGGGAAGGUGUCACUGGCCCUCGCUACUAUAAGCCUGGCCACUCUGGGUACUAUGCGACGACGAUGCCGCAGCCCAGCGACAAUGCUGACACAAUCGCACCAGCAUCGACACCCAGCGACAACCAAGACACAAUCGCACCAGCAUCGACACCCAGCGACAACCAAGACACAAUCGCACCAGCAUCGACGCCCGGCGACAAUGAAGACACUGUGGCACCCGCAUCGACACCCUCCGACAACCAGGACACAAUCGCACCAGCAUCGACGCCCGGCGACAAUGAAGACACAGUGGCACCCGCAUCGACACCAAUCGACAACCAGGACACAAUCGCACCAGCAUCGACGCCCGGCGACAAUGAAGACACGGUGGCACCCGCAUCGACCCCCGUCGACAACCAGGACACAAUCGCACCAGCACCGACGUCCGGCGACAAUGAAGAUACAGUCGCACCAGCAUCCACACCCGUCGACAACCAGGACACAAUCGUACCAGAUUUGCCGCCCGGUGACAACGAGGCUCCGGCCCCCAUCAUCAAUGUGGUGACUCCUGCGCCUACCGAUGUUGCUGCAACCACCAACACCACCACGCUUCCUCCAGAUGCCACGACCAACACAACAAUUCCUCCAGUUGCGACCACCAACACCACCACCCUUCCUCCAGAUGCGACCACCAACACCACCCUUCCUCCUCCGAACGCUACAAACACGACCACAGCAAAGCCGGUCAUUGCCGCGCCUGCGACGCCGGACGCCAACAGCGCCACGGAAGAAGCUUGUGCUGCCAACGGGGAGGUGUGCGAUACCAUGAACUGCUGCAGUGCAGAGUGCCUCCACACGGCAAAUGGGACAUUUCGCUGCGCGCAAUGCGUGGAGGGCGCCCUUUGCGCGCGCUGCGAGCUCAGUUUUUGCGACCGGGAGGUGGAGUGCUGCUUUGGACUGGAAUGCCGUGGUGGUUACGACUCGUCCGUUGUGAACUCGACCGGCUGGUGCGUUUUUCCAUGA